AUGACUCAUAUUCCAAGUCAACACUCGAUCAUUACUGUGAUUAUGAUAUCUCUUAGAGACAUUUUUAUGCUGCUAAGACCUGAAAAUGCAUAUCGGCGACUUCAGCGUAGUAUCUCGCCGAAAAUUACCAAAAUGCAACUCUCACAGCCUGUUGUCUCUCAUGUCAAGAAGCAGGACCCUAUGGCAGAUGGUGCCGCACCUUACUUCACAGAGUACCAGCAUAUCUUCUUCCCUCAACUUACUUGUAUGAGCAAAACUCAUUUGGAAGCAUGGAUCUUUGAUGCUAUUGACCCAACCGUCGAUAAUAUUGCUGUUACCAUGACAUUCUUCCGUGAUGGUACUCAAGCAGCUUUGGGGAAAUGUCCAAUUCGCACUACAUUUCGAGCCGCUUUACCAGAUGGAAGCAAGAUAGCGGCGGAACUUUUCGCUCAAGAUAGCAUCAUCGAAGCCGACCCAGAAACGGAGAAGAUUGUAGGGAAAUGGCUAGGAAAGAAGGAUGAUGAUGAUACCGGUGAUUCUUCAUGGGCACAAUAUGAAGUGUCAUUCGACAUGUCGGAGGUUAUUGUUACUAUCAACCUACCCACUGUCCGAGGCACCCUGAAACUCCAACAGCAUGGUGGAAGAGAUGUUGAAAUCACCACAGAGCGUCAGCUGAUGGGACCUGGGUUAGCUUGGGUGCACUCAAUUCCUCGCGCAAAGGCGGAGGUGAACUUUACCUUCCAUGAAGAAGAAGCAUCCAAACAACUGCAAUUCGAGGGUUAUGGAGGCAAUGAUUAUUGUCGAUCGACUGAGUCGAUGCCUGAAUUGAUGGAAGGGACCACAUAUGUCCGUGGUCAUGCGGGCUCUUACACUUUCGUCCUAUUCCGCCUCUUCAGUCGCCUCCACCCCGGCAAAACGUACACUAGGGCAACUUUGGUGAAAGAUGAUACAGUGCUCGUUGAAAUGGUUUCAGAUGAUAGUGUCUCUUUGACGAAAGACUACUUAUCAUUUCGCUCUACAUACAGCGGGAAGCUCAGGGGCAAUUACUCCGACCAUACCACUGGCUACAGAGUGGAUUUUGUUUCCCCCAGUCGAAGCAAGCAUUGGUCAUUUGAACUCAACCACCAAAAUUUGUGGUGGAGUAUGCCUACGGAAGCACCUCCAGCGAGGACGGGAAAUAAUGGCUUUAUCUCCGCGGUAACUGGUGGUGAUACCAGUGAACCAGUGCAGCAAGGAAUGGCUACCAUUGUACAUAUACAAAUGACGGCGAUGAAGUCCGAUUAUAAAGGGAUCAGUAACCGCCAACUAUAA